AUGUUCCUGGCAUCAUUUGGCUUCCCCUGGAUGGAAAGGUACGAAAAACCGUUUCUGCACUUCAUAAAGGAAGACUUUCUGUCUCCUUCGGAUCUCCAGGUCGUGCGGGGCAUACAUGGCAGCUGUGCAUUCAGGGAGCUGCAUACUGACCUGUUCAGAUUCCUGCAGACGGGGGAGCUUAGGGAGAGAGAGGAUCUUGAGUUUUUCAAGGACUCUCUGAUGAAAGCUUUCGGAGAGAUCCAGGAUGUUCGGGGAGGAUGGAUAGAUGUGUUUGGUUCCUAUUACAGAGAGGGAGAUUAUCUUCUGUGCCAUGACGACAGGACGGAGAACAGGAAACUUGCCUUUAGCUACUACUUAGAAGACUAUGAUUCUGGAGAGCUCAUUCUCUAUGAGGACGACUGCAUGAGCAUUUCAAAGAGAGUUGAGGUGAAGUCAAACAGGCUAGUGAUAUUUGAGGUUUCGAAGAUAUCAUUCCAUGAGGUUGGGUACUGCAAAAAGGAUGGAAGAAGAGCAUUUACUGGAUGGUUGAGCUUCAGGCACAUAGAGCACGAAGGCGAUGGUGAAUGGCCAAGGCUGCGGAGCUUGGCUGGAUACAACACCUUUCCUCUGGAGGUUGAUUUCAGCGAAAGCCCCUUUGUAUUCUGUCCUGGAGUAGAAUAUGACUUCUCACAUGCCUCUGGAAGCGUUGAGGGACCCUUUUGCCUUCGGAGGGUAGAGAGAAUAGCAGUUGGAAGCCCCAUGGUCCCGGACAUAGAUGGAUGGGAACUUAGAGAGGGGGGCUUCUACCGCUUCAGGGUCGGGGAUUACAUACUUCUGAAUGACGAAUGCAACGCGAUCGAGGGAAAUGUCUGCGAUGUCUUCUUCAUAGAAGGGGAAGAAUGCUGUGAGUGUACUCCAGACUCAUUCGAUGACCCAAGCAACCCGAUCAAGUACUUAGACGAAGAAGGCAGGUUUGUGUGCAGUCUCCCGAUAAGAAGGGGAAUGUUUGCCAUCAAGCGCGACGGGCUCUCCCUGUUUGUGGAAAGAAGUGCCAGAGAAUUCCUUCUAGCACACUUCAUCUAUGUCUCCACAGAGCCGAAAUAA